AUGAAAGAAGGUGCUAACAACCUCAACGAAGGUGAUGUUGCAAUAGAUGUCGAUAUUCCAUGGGGCCCCAACAAAGACAUAUCCUGCGUGAAAUCCAUGAAACAGAAGCUCGCAGCCAUGAGCAGAAAUUGCAAGCCGUCUCGCCAGUUCACCAUCUGCAGAGUCCCACCAGCCAUCCGCCAAUUAGACGAGAGCGCCUAUGACCCCAAGAUCAUCUCCAUCGGCCCAUACCACCAUGGCAAGACGAGCCUCCAACCCAUGGAAGAACACAAAUGGCGGUAUCUCCACACAUUCCUUACCCGCAAUCCAAAUAUAAGCUUGGAAGGUUACAUCAUGGAGAUGAAAGCUCUCGCAAAUAGCUCCCGAAACUGCUACUCAGGAAACAUCGACAUGUGUAUCGAUCAGUUUGUGGAAAUGAUGGUGCUUGACGGCUGUUUCAUCAUCGAAAUCCUACUUAAGCAGAAGGAGGCCGUCACAGCUGGAGACCCCAUCUAUUCUGAAAGCUGGGCAUUGCCACUCAUAGCCCACGACAUGCUCCUCCUUGAAAACCAACUUCCUUUCUUCGUCCUUGAAUGCUCAUUACACUUACACACGAAGCCUUUUUCUCUCCCGGAACUCGCUUUGGAUUUCUUCGAGCAUAUCCUGCGAAAGAACGAUAAAAUCCCUUGCACGAGCAAAAUACUUCACUUGCUCCAUCUGUUUCAUUCCCGUCUGCUGCCAGAAUCGCAGGUGGAGAAGAUAUUCAGCCGCAUGGACCAAUCCAAUCCCCAGUGUUAUAAGCGAGCCAACAUCCAUCCGAGGACUGUGAUGAGAUCGCCGGUAUCGUUAGACCGUAAACCGCCAAAACACCCCAAGAAGAUUCCUUCGGCAGAGGCUCUUGAAGAUGCUGGAAUCAGAUUUUCUUUGAAGGAGGACGGUGGGAGUUUUUUGGAUGUGGAAUUCAACCGUGGGCGGAUGGAGGUGCCGCUCGUUUCCAUCUCUACUAAUUCCCUCUUCCGUAACUUCAUCGCCUUUGAGCAGUGCUUCCCUGACUGCGGGAACCACUUCACGAGCUACGCCAUCUUCAUGGACUCGAUCGUGAAUACAGAGGCAGACGUGGCAAUCCUAAAUGACGCUAAGAUCGUCGAGCAUGUGCUAGGCAGUGAUCAGGACGUGGCUCACCUCUUCAAUGAUCUCUGCAAGGGGAUCACCAUCGAUUUUGAGGACUCAUUUCUGGCUAGCUUGUUUGAGGACGUAACCGGCUUCACGGAGACUCGGUGGCAUAGGUGGCAGGCACGACUGAUGCGUGACUAUUUCAGCAACCCAUGGACCAUUCUGUCUUUGAUCGCAGCCAUUGUCGUCCUUAUUCUCACCCUCGUUCAGACCUACUUCUCUAUCUACGGCUAUUUCAAACCUCCGUCUUAGGUACUAGUUCUGGAACCCCACCUUAAUAGAUGGUCAAGAUCAGAUCAGUCCACGUUUUGGGUACUACCAUAGAGGGCACUUGAAGAAUGUAUGGGAUCAAAAUCAGGUGGGCCCUAUCCUAAAGUGUUGAUCGCAUCCAUUCUGACAAUCUGAUGUGUUAGUCGUGUCAGGCCCAGGGCCUAAAAUCGGGCGGCCACACAAAAGGAAACAGUUGGGAUGAGGUGAGUCAGACGUAAUUUUGUAAUAGACCCACCGUGCAAUGCAUACAGCAUCUGAACCAUUCAGUGCUUCUAGUACGGAUGAAGGCCAUACAAAAAAAUCAAGAUAUGUUAGACAGAAGGUGGGCUCUGUCCAAAAUUAAGGGUGGGCAUUUUCUAUUUGGUCGUCUAUCUUAAGCCACGGGCCUAACAUGAAAUGAAACAUCUAAUGGUUGGAAUGGAUAUCAUCAACAUAUCAUGGCCGAACCUGAUUUUAUGACAUGAUGCUUCCCUGCAGCAGUUCCGUUGAGCAUUUUUCUGACCUGUGCAAUAAAAUAUUUCAAGGUCUCACAUUCAACUCCAUAAAUCAAUGGUCAGAUCAUCCUCCCAGCAUUAUAAUUGAAUCAUGAAUCAUGGGCCAUUGAGGGUAGUGGUCAAAGCAUCCACAGUUCCGAUUACCUGACCGUCUGUAAAUGUGGGUCCCACGGGAUGUUACCUGCUAGUGAACCUAGCAGUUGCAGGUUUUUUUUUUUUUUAAGCAUGAUCAAAUGAUGAUGACAUUCAUGCAUGGUCCAAUAAAUAACUCCAUCGGCAUGCUUAAGUUGUCAUCUUGCUUAGUUAGUGGUUGUGGCUAACGUGUAUUUUUUGCGAGCUUUUAUUAAUAAUAAAACUAAACUCCCCUUCUACGGUUGGUUUAAUGAUAGAGAACCAGUUGCCUUCCGCAACCUUUUAUUUUUUAAGUAAAGAUCCGUUGAUAGACAAGGAAAGAUGUAAAGCCAGAAAA